AUUCCCUCCCUUCCCUUCCAGCUCGCCAUUCGAGGUAGCAGAAGCAACAACUGUAGAGAGAGAAAGAGAGAGCUCUCCUUUCUCGGGAACAUUCUUCGCUUUGGCAUAGAACAUAGCCACGCAGAAAGGUGGGUAUAGCUUUACCUCAUUUCAAAUUUGCAGAUACCCUCCUUCCUUUCUUCGACAAUCCUCUCUAUUUUCAUUUGCUACCUCAAAAACAGAGGGAUAUGUAGACUAAAUUUCUUUCCAGUUUCAACUCGAUAGUGUUAAUGGACUCUUUUCAUCUUCUUCUUGCUCUCUUCUUCUUUGUGGGUCUUAUUUACUAUCCCGUGGGAGCUGCUCUAAUCGAUGAAGACAAGCAAGCAUUGCUCGAUUUCGUUAACAGACUUCCCCAUUCUCGGUCUCUCAACUGGGACGAGAGCUCCACUGUUUGCAAGCACUGGACCGGCGUUACAUGCAGCCAGGACGGGAACCGGGUUAUCGCCGUCCGCCUUCCGGCUGUUGGAUUUCAUGGCCCUAUCCCGGCCGACACUCUUGGUAAACUGUCGGCGUUGCAGAUCUUGAGUCUCCGAUCUAAUGGUAUUUAUGGAAGUUUUCCUCUGGACUUGUAUAAUCUCAAGAAUUUGUCGAAUCUCUAUCUUCAGUUCAACAAGUUUUCAGGUCCUUUGCCAUCGGAAUUUUCGGCUUGGAAGAAUUUGACAAUUGUUAAUCUGUCGAAUAAUGGAUUUAAUGGGAGUUUACCUGCUUCAAUUUCGAAUCUAACUCAGCUUACUGCUCUCAAUCUAGCUAAUAACUCUCUUUCAGGUGAAAUUCCUGAUGUUUAUUUACCAAAUUUAGAACAGUUAGAUUUGUCUAACAACCAGUUCAUCGGUAAUGUGCCGUCUUCACUUAGAAAAUUUCCCAAAUCGGCGUUUAUGUCCAACAAUUUAACUUUAGGAAAUUCAUCUCUUCCUGUAACCGGAGAAUCCCCUGUUUCUUCUCCUUCAAAUAGUACCAACCGGAAAAAACCCAUGACCGACAGGAGAAUAAGCGAAGCAGCCUUAUUGGGUAUCAUAGUGGCUGCUUCUAUUCUGGGAUUAAUUGUCAUUACCUUUGUGCUGGUUGUUUGCUACUUGAGAAGGAGAGGUGAGAAUGUAUUCUCAGGGAAAACGGAGAAGGGAGAAAUGUCGCCGGAGAAAGUGAUAUCUAGGUCGCAGGAUGCGAACAACCGGCUGUUCUUCUUCGAGGGUUGUAGCUAUGUAUUUGAUUUGGAGGACCUUUUGAGAGCUUCCGCCGAGGUACUAGGAAAAGGGACUUUUGGUAUGGCUUAUAAAGCUAUUCUAGAGGAUGCAAAUACAGUCGUCGUCAAGAGAUUGAAGGAGGUCGGAGUUGGGAAACGGGAAUUCGAACAGCAUAUGGAAUUGGUCGGGAAUAUUAAGCACGAGAAUUUGGUCGAAUUGAGGGCGUAUUACUAUUCCAAAGACGAAAAGCUUUUGGUUUACGAUUACUAUAGCGAGGGUAGCGUCGCCGCCAUUCUACACGGAAAAAAAGGAGAUGAAAAAGUGAAACCCGGGUUAGAUUGGGAAACACGAUGGAGGGUAGCGAUCGGUGCGGCGAGGGGGAUUGCCCAUAUCCACGACGGCAACGGCGGGAAGCUAGUUCAUGGCAACGUGAGAUCAUCUAACAUUUUCCUAAACCCUGAACGAUACGGUGUCGUAUCGGACCUCGGCCUGUCCGCCAUAAUGGGACAGCUAUCUUCUCCGAUUGCUCGGGCGGCGGGGUAUCGAGCACCGGAGGUGACAGAUACACGGAAAGCGUUACAACCGUCGGAUGUGUACAGCUUCGGUGUUUUACUUUUGGAACUCCUGACGGGGAAAUCUCCGGUUCAUGCGGCGGGCGGGGAUGAGGUGGUGCAUUUGGUUAGAUGGGUUCACUCGGUGGUUCGAGAAGAAUGGACGGCGGAGGUUUUCGAUGUUGAAUUGCUCAAGUGUUGUAAUAUUGAAGAGGAGAUGGUUGAGAUGUUGCAGAUAGCAUUGGCGUGUGUGACGAGAAUGGCGGAUCAACGGCCUAAAAUGGGUGAGAUUGUUGGUAUGAUUGAGAAUGUGCGGCGGAUACAGAAUGAGAACCGGCCUUCUUCCGAGGGGAAGUCGGGUAGCUCGACGCCGUAUGUGGGAAGAACUCAGUGGUCGCCGUCGGAGUGAGUUAGUGAGUGAGUCGAGUUGUUUGUUUGUUUUCACUGACUCGGUGAACCGAGUUUCAUUAUAAUCUGAUUUUAUGCAAUUCUUCCUUAAUUUCCACUUAAGGGUUGAACCCAACAUAUUCUGAUUUUUAUCUUAUUGUGUAAGUUUUAAUUUCCACUU